AUUCGUUUGAGGUUAGUUGAUAAGUUGAUUCUUCUCAAAAAUAUUGCUGAAUAUAACUUGUGAUUACUUCGUCAAUUCAACGCAUUAUUCAACAAUUUUACUAUUAACUUAAUCACUUGUUAGUUACCUAUUUAUAUUACAACAAUGGAUGCAAGAGUAAACGAUUUCUUCAACGAAAUCAACGAAAUUGUACCGCCUGUUACCAAAGUCAGAAGCACAAGUGAAUGUGUGUGGCAAGAAUGUUUUGAUGAUACUUCUGGCUAUCCAUACUAUUGGAACAUGCACACAAAUGUAGUCACAUGGGAAAUGCCUCCAGAAUAUCAAGCAUGGCUGGAUAAGACUAAAGUCUCAAAAACUACUCAGCAUGAAAGUACAGAUAGUAAUUCAAAGGGACCUUUAUUUCCAUCUGUGACUAAAUCAUCUCAAUCUGCAGGAGAGACUAAAACAAUUACUGCCUCUAAAUGCAGUAGUUCAAGUCAUGAUGUCAAAAAAAUUAGUUUGUUAUCAGCUUAUUCAGUGGAUAGUGAUCAUGAUAGCAGGGAAGCUAAUUCACUAAGCAGAAAUGGAUCAAAUACAAAUUCACCGUUUCAUUCAAGUCGAGCAAACAGCGACGCUGAAACCGUAGACGAAGUAAAACCAACCUUAGGUUUCUCUCUACUCGCAAACUACGGUAAUUACUCAGACGAAGAAGAAGAAGAUUCUCAUGAUGAGUCACAAGACGCGCCUAAAACACCUCAAAGUGAAGCACACAGCACACUGUUUCCUGUCACCAAACCAAUCGACGUGAAACAAUUCACACAGGAAACAAACGAUAAAGAAUUACCGCAAGAAACCGAAGAGAUUGAUGUGAAAGCGUUCAAAAGAAAACGACGCAUUGGCGUGCAUCUAGUCAACCAUCCAAAACGAGAAGUUAUUAUAGAAACAAAGAAUGACUCCACAGAAACAUCAAAUGCUGAGAGUUUAAAGAAGAAAUUUAGUAUGAACUUCAUACAGGGCGAUACAUUACAACCGACUAUUUCUUCAAACUCAAAUGAUGAAGAAUCAAAUGAUAGUGAUAUGGUCGCAACACAAACGACACUAAAAGAAAAGUUAGCUUUCUUGUGUGAAGGCAAAGAUGCUAUUAGUCCUGUACAAAUCAUGUCAAUUCAACUAGAGAUAUUAUUCAUUGCUUGGAAGUCCGGAUAUUUAAACACCGCGUAUUUUUCAUCGUGGAUCAAAGAUGUGAGCAGUAAUCUUAUAAAAUUGGAAGAAGACGCGACGCCCGAAGGCUGGAAUUUGGAAUGGGAUAGGCAGGAGAAGCGUUAUUUCUACCGCAACAAGUCUUCAGACGCGUGCCAGUGGGAGUAUCCGCAGCCGUCUAAACCAACAGAGGAAGUGGUUGAAUUAAAUGGCGACCAAAAUGUCGGUAAAGUAGCGGAUGAUGACGACGACGCAAUGGAUAUUUGCACGACACCGCCACCGAUGGACGCUCAAUCAGAUGGGUCUAAUAUUGAAGUUACAACUAUCUGCGCGUCUGCUACGGAUGAAACUCACAAAGAUGAUGCUUCCAAGAGACAUGAUGCUCAAGCGCUGAGCUCGGAACUAGAUUCGUUUUAUUCGCAUAUUGCUGCGAUUGAAACCGAAGCAGAGCAACAAGAAGUUAAAGAUGCAUCGAAACCGAAAACGCCGGAAAUACCUGCACAGAGUUUACCCCCGCGAAAGCAACAAUUUCAGAAGUAAAAGAGGUUAAAGAUAACCCCAGCGCAGAACCAGUGAAAAAGAAACGAAAAGUUAAAAUGUCGCAAGGCAUUUCAAUGAAAAAGAAAGGCGUUUCGCAAUUAGUUGAGAAGUGGAAGAACGUGCAGAAAGAUCUUGACUAAUAGUAACAACUUACCAUUAUUUAUUAACUUGUAAAUUGACGGAGAUAAUAAAAUUUUACCACUACACAA